AUGUUACUGUCUGACAGUCCACCGUCCAUACUGCAUCCAGUAUUCAAUGCGGCUCAGCCGUUUCCCCCCCUUCCUGACAUCAAUGAGGAAAGCAUUCGGACGCAGGUGUUUACUCAUCGCUCGUAUUAUGGACGCCCGAAUCAUGUGUUCGAGGACCAUCCGCAGGACCCGAGUCCAGACAACGAAAAGUAUGAACAUCUGGGGGACACCGUGUUGGGUCUGGUCGUGACCAAGCUUCUCCUGGAGAUGUACCCCAACCUGCGCGUUGGGCCAUCUACGAAAAUCCGAGCCCUGGUCGUGGGCAACUCGACCCUUGCUGACAUCUCGCGCAUGUACGACCUGCCAAGAAGAUUGCUUCUGCAUCCUGCUCAAGCCAUUACGCUACGUGCUUCCGUCAACAUUCAGGCCGAUGUCUUCGAAUCCUACGUGGGCGGGCUCUAUCUCGAGCAGGAUCUGCCGGGUGUCCAGCCCUGGUUGAGAGCCCUGUUUACGCCUUACGCGAUUGAAGCUUACAAACGUGUACGGGAGCAGCAUCGCCUCCCGCCCCUUCCGACAACCGCACUUCUCGCGCCUGAAUCGGUUCUGUCCUCGCCCCCACCUUCGCCCCCUCACCCUCACCCUCACCCCCGCCCUAGUGCCACCCCCACGACCAUAGGCCACCUCGCGUUAUUCAAUCAACAGCUCCAGAAGGCCAACAGGAUAGUCGAGUGGAUCUACGCAGACGGAACUGGCGAAGGCACCAAGACGACUCCUAUCUGGCUUGUCAGGUGUGAAGUAGAUGGCGAAGUUUACGGUCGCGGACAAGGUGGGACCAAGAAAGCUGCCCGAAAUGAGGCCGCCAAGGAGGGCCUGAAGAAGAUGGGGAUCGAAGUCUGA